AUGGAAUCUCCCGUCAGGGAAAGCGAGCUCAUGGCUCUCGACGAGCCCUCCCGCUCCCGAUCCCUCUCCCGAUCCCGGUCCAGAACACCACACUCGCACCAUUCCCGCUCGCCCUCGCCCAUGGGCCGCCGCCGUUUCGACGACCGAGAUGGUCAUGCCCGCUCCCCAGCUCGGGAUGGCAAAUACCGUAGUCGCACCGCUACAGCCGCGGUCGCACCACGAGCCGCACACCAAGUCGCAGCCGCACCCGCUCCCGGAGCGACUCGCGUGGCCGAAGCUACAGUCGGGAUUACAGCCAUUCACGUAAUUGUUGUCGAGCGGUUGACCAAGAAUGUCAACGAAGACCACCUCUACGAGAUCUUCGGCCAGUACGGCAGCAUUGACGACCUCGAUCUCCCCGUUAACAGACAAUCCGGCAUGAAUCGUGGCACAGCCUACAUCCUCUACUACACCGAGGCCGACGCUCAGGCUGCAAUCACGCACAUGCACGAAGCGCAACUCGACGGCAGUGUCAUUAACGUAUCGAUUGUCCUCCCGCGCCGCAAGGUCUCUCCCUCACCUCCCGAAGCCCGCCGUGGACCCCGCGGCCCCCCGGCCAACGUUAGGUCCAUCCUUGGACCGUCUGGGGGCGGGUCUUCGGCUGGCCGGGGCCGGAGGUCACCAGCUGUUGGUGGCUCGGGUCGUUAUGGACAUCGCUCUGACGUCUACCGUCCCCGAUCCGCGUCACGCUCUCGCUCACCCACAGCCAGUGGCACUCGUCGGUACCGGUCCCGGUCGGCGUCUUACACAUCGAGGUCCCCCUCGCGGACACCAGCGGGUCGCGGAGGUCGAGAUCACAGGGGCGGCCGCGGUCACGGUAGGCGGAGAAGCCCUAGCCGCGAUAGCUAUGACAGCUACGACCGUCGGAGCAGGACUCGUAGCCGCAGCCGGGACCGAAGAUGA